AUGAUAAAAUGCAGCAUUCAGGAUUCUCACUCUCCACUUCACACGUAUCAUCAGCCAGGAGACAUCAUUAUUGGUGGUGUUGUAUUUCAGGGUGUCGUCAUCUCCAGCCCAACAUCCUUCACAGAAGAACCCCCACCAGACUUGCUGGAAGACCUUGUCAUCGUGCCUAAGAAUUACCAACAUCUCCUGGCCUUUGCAUUUGCCAUAAAAGAGAUCAAUGAAAACUCUAAGAUAUUGCCAAACCUCACCCUGGGCUUCCGUAUCUAUGACAGCAAUGACAAUGCAAGGAAAACCUAUCAUGCAACCAUGUUACUUCUAUCGUUACUGGAGAGAUUGGUCCCCAACUACUUAUGUGAUACCCAGAGGAAUCUCAUAGCCAUUAUUGGGGGAUUAGACCCUGAAAUCUCUCUUCAAAUGGCAAAUAUCUUGGAUAUCUAUAAGAUUCCACAGCUUACAUAUGGCACUGCUCCAGUCAUGAAUGAUAAGACUCCAGGACUUCCCUUCUACCAGAUGGUUCCUCAGGAAGCCCUUCAGAAUGAGGGGAUUCUUUACUUGCUCCUGCAUUUCAGGUGGACAUGGAUUGGACUUGCUUUUAUGGAUACUGACAAUGGAGAAAGAUUUAUGCAAACUGUGUUUCCAAUGUUUUCCCAGAGAGGCAUCUGUUUUGCCUUUAUAGAAAGAAUCCCUAAAUUUACUUAUGUCACUGAAAUGUACGGCAUUUUAGAACAAGGGUUAAAUAUACAUGAAAAAGUGAUGGGCAGCAAUGCCAAAGUAGUAGUGGCUCAUGCAGAAUCAUAUUCCAGUGCAUUUUUUCGAUUUUUGCCACAUCUAUCACAACAAGAGCACAGGGCAAACAAAAUAAAAGGCAAAGUAUGGAUAACAACAGCCCAGAUGGAGAUCAAUACAUUUGUUUUUCAGAGGAAUUUGGAUGGAGGAAUAUUCCAUGGUGCUCUCUCCUUCAGGAUUCACUCCAAUGAUCCACCAGGAUUUAAGUCAUUUGUGGAGAGCAGAAAUCCUUUCAGCACAAGAGGAGAUGGUUUUAUCAGGGAUAUUUGGCAACAAGCAUUUGACUGUAUAUUCCCCAAAACAGCAGGGAAUGAUAUGGAAGCUAAGAUUUGCACUGGAAGGGAAAAGGCAAUGCUGGAUAUUAAAGGAAAUAAUGUUCAGAAUGAUCAGCGGUGGAAGCUCCAUCAGUUUCUUAGAGGUGUCUCAUUUAACAACAAUGCCCAGAAUGAGGUUUUCUUUAAUGAGAAUGCAGAGGUAGUAGCAGGAUUUGAUGUUAUCACCUUGAAUAUUUCUUCCAAUAAAUCCUUUCUCCGAGUGAAAGUUGGGAUGAUAGAUCCCAAUCCUUCUCCCGACCAAGCACCAACCAUUGAUGAGGAUGCCAUAUUAUGGCACAGCUGUUUUAACAAGACACGACCACUUUCUGUAUGUACUGAGAGUUGCCAUCCUGGUUCCAGCAAGAAAGUGAAGGAGGGGAAACCACACUGCUGCUAUGAUUGCAUCCCAUGUCCAGAAGGGAAGAUUUCAAACCAGGAAGAUAUGAAUGACUGUAACACAUGCUCAGACAAAGACUAUCCAAGCAAGAAUCAGGAUUUCUGCAUUCCAAGGACGGUUACCUUCUUGUCUUAUGAAGAACCUCUGGGGCUCAGUUUAGCCUUCUGUGCUCUUUCCUUUUCAUUGAUGUCAGCUCUGGUGCUGGGAAUGUUUGUGAAGCACCACAACACUCCCAUAGUCAAAGCCAACAACCAGAUCCUUACCUACACUCUCCUCAUCUCCCUCCUGCUCUGCUUCCUUUGUACAUUCCUGUUUAUUGGCCAACCUCAGAAGAUGACUUGUCUCCUCCGACAAACAGCCUUUGCUGUUAUCUUCUCCCUGGCUGUAUCUUCUGUGAUGGCAAAAACCAUCAUGGUAGUUCUGGCUUUCAUGGCCACCAAGCCAGGAUCCAGGAUGAGGAAAUGGUUGGGGAAGGAGCUAGCCAUCACCAUUGUUUUUUCUUGCUCCCUUAUCCAAGCAAGUAUCUGUAUUGUGUGGUUGGGAAUCUCUCCCCCCUUUCCAGCUGUCGACAUGCACUCAGUGGCUGAAGAAAUUAUACUGGAAUGUAACGAGGGAUCUGUGACUAUAUUUUACUGUGCUCUGGGCUACAUGGGCUUUUUGGCAGUUAUCAGUUUCACUGUGGCCUUCCUCUCCAGGAAGUUACCUGGCAGUUUCAAUGAGUCCAAGUUCAUCACUUUCAGCAUGUUGGUCUUUUGCAGUGUUUGGUUAACUUUUAUUCCAUCCUACCUAAGCACGAAAGGUAAAUACAUGGUGGCUGUGGAGAUCUUCUCCAUCUUAGCCUCCAGUGCUGGGUUGCUGGGUUGCAUCUUUUCCCCGAAAUGUUACAUUAUUAUGUUGAGGCCUGAGCUGAACAAAAAAGGAUGUCUAAUAAUAAGAAAAACCUAA